AUGGCCGGUAUCUUCGAGCAGCCGCGCAACGCCGGCACCCUUUUCCUCGGCGGCCAGAAAAUCAGUGGCCAGGACAUCCGCGACCAAAAUGUCCUCGCAACCCAAGCAAUCGCCAAUGUCGUCAAAUCCUCGUUUGGCCCCUCCGGCCUGGAUAAGAUGAUGGUUGACGACAUCGGCGAUGUGACUGUGACCAACGACGGCGCCACCAUCCUCUCGCUCCUCGAGAUCCAGCAUCCCGCCGGCAAGAUCCUCGUCGAUUUGGCACAGCAGCAGGACAGGGAGGUUGGUGACGGUACCACCUCCGUCGUCCUGAUUGCCGCCGAGCUUCUGCGCCGUGCAAACGAGCUGAUGAGGAACCGGAUACACCCCACUACCAUCAUCACCGGUUACAGGUUGGCUCUGCGCGAGGCCGUGAGGUACAUGAACGAGAACAUCGCCAUCAAGGUCGAGAACUUGGGCAGGGAGUCGCUGGUCAACAUUGCGAGGACCUCCAUGUCCUCCAAGAUCAUCGGUGCCGAUGGCGACUUCUUCGCCGACAUGGCUGUCGACGCCAUGCAGGCUGUGAAGACCACCAACCAGAAGGGCGAUUCCAAGUACCCCGUCAAGGCUGUCAACAUCCUCAAGGCCCACGGCAAGAGUGCUACCGAGUCCAUGUUCGUCAAGGGCUACGCCCUCAACUGCACCGUUGCUAGCCAGGCCAUGGUGACGCGCGUCACUGACGCCAAGAUUGCUUGCUUGGACAUCAACCUGCAGAAGGAGCGCAUGAAGCUGGGCGUCCACAUCACCAUCGACGAUCCCCAGCAGCUAGAGAAGAUUAGGGAACGCGAGGCGCAGAUCGUUCUCGAGCGUAUCGACCUCAUUCUGAAGUCAGGUGCCAACGUUGUCCUGACUACGAAGGGUAUCGAUGACCUGUGCUUGAAGGCGUUCAUUGAGAAGGGUGCCAUGGCGGUGCGUCGCUGCAAGAAGGAGGACUUGAGGAGAAUAGCAAAGGCUUCUGGUGCGACGCUCGUCUCCUCGUUGUCGGAUCUCAACGGCGACGAGAAGUUCGAGCCUUCGCUAUUGGGCCAUGCGGAGGAGGUGUCCCAGGAGCGCAUCUCCGACGACGAGUGCAUCCUGGUCAAGGGCACCAAGGUGCACUCUUCGGCAUCCAUCAUCCUCCGCGGUCCCAACGACCUUUCUCUUGACGAGAUGGAGCGCUCGCUGCACGACUCUCUCAUGGCCGUCAAGCGUACGCUGGAGAGUGGCCGCAUCGUUCCCGGUGGUGCUGCUGUUGAGACCGCAUUACACAUCUAUCUGGAGGAGUGGGCAACCUCGGUGGGGUCCCGCGAGCAACUUGCCAUUGGUUCCUUCGCCCAGGCCCUCCUCGUCAUUCCGACCACCCUCGCCGUCAACGCGGCCAAGGACAGCAGCGAGCUCGUUGCCCAGCUCCGCAGCCGGCAUGCGGUGGCGCAGCGCACCACAAACGAUCCCAACGCCUCGACCGCAGCCGAGAAGGACGCGGCCAAGAAGAAGGACUACAAGAACUACGGCCUUGACCUCACCCGCGGCAGGCUCGUCGACCAGCUCAAGCAGGGCGUGCUCGAGCCCAGCAUGAGCAAGGUCAAGCAGCUCAAGUCGGCCGUCGAGGCCUGCAUCGCCAUCAUGCGUAUCGACACCCUCAUCAAGCUCGACCCCGAGCAGCGGGCCGAGGACGAUGGUCACGGUCACUGA